AUGGACGAAGAGUACACAGAAGCUCGGCUAUUCGUGACUUUCGAGAAACACCAAGAGUUUUUGGAUAAGCAGCAAUCGCUAUUGUCUCUUGAUUUGUUCCAAGAGCCUGAGCCAGAGGAGAACAGACGGGAAGAACAAAUAUUGAAGAAUUUGUGUGACAUUCUCGACGAGUAUCAGGAGCAGUCUUACUUGUUGGAUCCAUUUCUGGAACAACUUGUGACACCGGUAGCAGAAGCUCUCAAAGCUCAUGCACGGAAUAUGUCUGGCGUGCAACGAUCUACAGCACCUACAAUCCGUGUUGCUCGUAUUGCCCUUCUCCUGUACAGCUACAUCAAGUUUCGCGGUUACAAGACAAUUAUCAGAUUCUUCCCCCACGAAAUCGCAGAUCUGACUAUCGCGCUGGAAUACAUCCUCUCGCCAUACAGUCCCGUCCAGGAUCCGGCGCAAUGGCCUUUGAGAUAUGCGGUGUUACUGUGGUUAUCUCUCAUCUGCAUGAUACCAUUUGACCUGGACCAAUUUGACAAGCUCGAUCACCUCGGCGAAACUGCUGCGAAGAUUGAAGCUGUAGGUAAAUCGUACCUGGGCAAUGCUGGUCUAGAGCGAGAGGGCGCCGCUAUUCUACUUUCAAGGCUCUAUACGAGGAAGGAUACAAGUGUCAGAUUCCCAGCAUUUCUAGAAUGGUCGCUUACGACAGUCAAAGCCCAGAACGACCACUUCAUAGCGAUUGGAUUGAUGCAUGUGCUUUGCGAGGUCGCAAAAUCGGGGUUCAUCGAGCAAGUGCAAUCGCACCUCUCCGCGUUCUUGGACAUAAGCAAUACUGUGCAAGAUAGUCAGGUCCUUAUGAGCAACACAUUGACCAGGAAGCUUAGAACUAAGCUCCUCUCACGUACGGUUCUUCGCCUCCUCCCGGCUCGAAAUCGUGCAAUCCGGAGAAGAGUUUCCGAUGCCGUCGAAGAGGUUCAAGCAAUUGACGAUGAGGAAGCGGAUGUCCCCGAAGAAGUCGAGUCGAUCCUAGAGGAACUCUUCAAAACAGUGCAAGACAAGGAUACAGUCGUCCGAUGGUCGGCUGCAAAGGGAAUUGCACGAAUAUCAGAGCGACUUCCAACUGAGUUUGCUGAACAAGUGCUGGAUAACGUUAUUUCUCUCUUCGCUAUACACUCCAUGGCAGCCGCCACCCUCUAUGACAUGCCGUCUAUCGCUGAAGGUACUUGGCAUGGCGCCUGUCUUGCCUGCGCCGAGAUGGCGCGGAGGGGCUUGAUACCUGAACACAAGCUCUCAGAACUCGUCGACUGGCUGUGCAAGGCGCUCUACUUCGACAUUCGCAAGGGUUCACACUCCAUCGGCUCGAACGUCCGUGAUGCUGCGUGUUACGUUCUGUGGUCCCUCGCUCGCAUUCAGGAUGUCAGUGCACUGGCACCAUACGCAGGGACGUUGUCUGAGCGAUUGGUGGCAGUCUCAGUGUUUGAUCGAGAAAUUAACAUCCGCCGAGCCGCGAGUGCUACAUUCCAAGAAUACGUAGGACGUACGGGUCUAUUUGCUCACGGUAUAAACGUGCUGCGCAAGACGGAUUUCUACUCUGUUGGCAUACGUCGAAAUGCAUUCUUGGUCGCUGCGCCGGAGGUCGCGGAACACACAGAAUACCGUUCGUACCUGAUGGAUCAUUUGCUCACGACUACAUUACGACACUGGGAUCCAGCCAUGAGGCAGCUGGGAGCGCAAGCUCUUCGUGCUAUCUGCCAGCUUGAUCUGCCAAGUUUCGGCCCAAACGCUGCAAGAAGAGCGGCACUAUUCCUGAAGGGCCCAGAUAUCGGUGACAUUCAUGGGGCGCUCCUUACGUUAACGGAACUGGCUGCUGCCUAUCGGGUCCUCGGCGAGGAUAUGGUAGAGGAACGGCGGAAGAUCUUUUCAUGGCUGUCUGAUGUCCCCUCUAAGAUUAUCGAAUCUCCCCGACAUGAACUGAUUACAGCGGCAGCUUGUGAUCUGAUAGCGAACAGUAUCACUCUGGUGGACACCCGGCAAGAAAAUGCCUUGGCCACCCGCUGGAGCAAGAUAGUCGAUGUCGGCCUGAAGAGUAGAAGUCCCGCAGUCCAGGAGGCUGCAGCAUCUGCCAUGGCGGCUGUAAGCCAGCUUGUGGACUGUUCCGCCUUGGUAGACAGGUUGAUCCGAGAGUUCACGGUUAGGUCAUCUGCGAUGCAACAGAGCCUUUGCAGGGUGCUGGGCGUUCUCGAUUACAACGCACAUUCCCACAGGCUCACGGAAGCUGUCAGAUGCUUACUGAGCUGCGUUGAUAAAUCCGCGCUUGGGAGUAGUAUGAACGUUGAAGCCCGGCGAAAUGCCUAUGCUUCUAUGCCACAAAUUUUGGCGAACGUUGUUCCAAGGUUGGCAGAACACUUGACGCCCUCGACAGUAUGCAGGAUGGUCGAUGCUCUGCAAGAAGGCUUGGGCGACUACACCUCCGAUGAGCGGGGUGACGUUGGCUCCUGGAUUCGGGUCGCUUGCGUCCAAAGCCUCACUGCAUUCGCGGAGAUCCUCUUUUCACAUUCUGAGGACCUUCCUGCUUUCGCCCAAUACUUUCCUGCAUCGAAGUAUCACGAUGCAGUGGGCGGCAUUCUCAAACAAGGCGUCGAGCGACUCGAUAACGUGCGCCAGCAAGCCGGAGAAUGUUUCAUACGGCUGAUUCUGUUGCCACUGCCCAAAGUGGGGGACGCCGAUGCGUGGAGAAUACAUAAAGAUGCUUUUGUCAAGAGCGUCUUUUUAAGCGAGAGUGAGACCAUCGGUUGGAAUGAUGGGGAACGGUUAUUCCCUAAGGCAGUUCAAUUGCUCAAUGUCGAGAGAUAUCGAGAACGUGUCCUUGCUGGCCUAAUAAUGAGCGUCAGCACUCGGACUGACAGUACACAACGACCUGUCUCGGCCAGUCUGAUCUCUUACGCGUUGCAACUGCCUGUGGUUGCUGCGGCCCCCCAUGAAUAUGAUCUUCGUGGACUGGUACGGGAUCUCAUCGCGCAGGCCAGCAGCAAUCUAAGCGCCAACAACGUGGUCGUGCCAGUGCUGCAGACUGUAAACGUUUUGCUCGAGGCGGACGCCCUCGAGAGGUUAUCGGAAGACCCCGAAGGAUUAGCGAGCUUGCGGAAAUUGCUUUCGAUAGCCUCAAGAAACGUUCCUCGCCUCAAGAAUCAUCAGCGUAUCAUAAUGUCUAUGCGAAUUGUUGCAAAUUUGCUGCCCGUCGCAUCAUUGCGUCAAGAAUGCAUUGAUAGACUCCCAGAUUUCCUGACGCACCAAUAUCCGAAGGUUCGAGCAGAGACGGCAGAACAUCUAUAUGUUGUCCUGCAAAGCAAAGACCUGGGCUAUGAAACUGAUGAAGUGGAGAACGUCUUGCUGGAGGCGGAGUGGAUGUCAAGCGAUCUGUCUGCGGUGCAGGAUGCAGCCCGGGAAUGUGUCGAUCUACUUGCGGGGCGGGCAUAG